UUUUUUUUUUUUUUAAUCCAUCUUUUAAAGUCUUCAUCCACUGGUCCAUUAUAUUCAAAGUAAAGGUAAGAAGAAGAAAUUAGGUGAGAGAGGAGGAUCCAGGAAGGCAACGAGAAGGGGGCUUGGCUUCUGACUGAUCCUGACCAAAAGGGAGUUGACUUUUCUCUGUGGACUUUUUGUUCAGUGCUGCAGCGUUUAUCUACGGCAGCUCUCGGGGGGGACACUUAACUGUGCACUAACUCUGUCCUCAGCCGGUCCUUCAGCAUGCCGAACAUACAGGAAGAGUGCAGUGAACAUGAGGAUGUCCUUGGAGGAGGUGAUGGUGGCUUAAAAGUGAGGAGUGGAGUGCUUUCAGAGAUGACAAAUGGAGUAGAGGAAAAUGUACAUAAGGAGUCACUGAUGAUGGAGCUGACCAGGCUGGUGCAGAAGGUGAUGAAAGAGAGUAGCUGGUGGGAGAGGAGGGGAGUGGACUGCAGCAUCCUGACUGCAGCGUUCCUCUGCCUUCCGCCUGCUUUCCUGCUGCUGGGCUCACAUCAUUUGUUGUGGUUUUUAUUGGGAAUGCUGUUGAUGGGCGUAGCUCACGCUGUCAUCACCGUCAAAGGGACACAUCUGGCCAGCCAUGGGGCCCUCAGUGAGUCGCAGACCUGGGGAAAGUUCUGGUCCAUCUUCUUCAUUGAGAUCUGUGGUUCAUUCUCAGCCCAAGCCGGCAUACAUGGCCAUAUUAAGAUGCAUCAUGCACACACUAACGUCAUUGGACUGGGGGACUCCAGUGUCUGGAAAGUCCCCUUCCUACCUCGUAUGGUCUACCUGUUCAUAGCCCCCCUAUCUGUGCCCCUCAUCACUCCUCUUGUUGCCCUCGCACAUCUUAAAGGACAUUCUUCAUUCGCGGUGGCUCGGACGCUCCUGAUGAUAGCACUAGGUCUGUAUUCGCAGUACUGGCUGCUCAUCAAUGUAUCCGGCUUCAGGUCGACGCAGGGAGCCUUGUUCUGCAUGUUGGUGAGCAGAGCCAUGUUCUCUGUGCCGUACAUCCAUGUCAACAUUUUCCAGAACCCCACUCAGCCUCUGCAGAUGGCUGCUCACACCAUUGUUGAGCCUGGUCCUACUGGAGGACAUUUGCCAAGGUUACCACAACAGAAGGGAGGGGGAAGAGGAGAGCACACAAAGCGUAGAGCCAUUGACGGGGAGAGCGUCAUGCAAAAUGCAUGA